AUGGUCUACUUCACUAUUAUCGUUGCUAUCACUGCCUGCGCUCUCCUUUUGAAAGUCUAUACUCGUCACAGCAAAUGCCCUGUCUCCGUCAACUACCACUUCUCACGACGAUGCAACAAGAGCUGCGGCUUUUGCUUCCAUACCGCGACAACUUCGCACACAGAGUCACUUGAAAAUGCCAAACGCGGUCUGUGCCUCUUAAAAGACGCGGGAAUGCGCAAGAUCAAUUUCGCAGGCGGAGAGCCAUUUCUUUACCCGGACUUCCUCGGCCAUUUGGUCAAUUUCUGCAAAGAAGACCUGGCACUGGAGUCAGUCUCCAUCGUGACCAACGGCUCGCUGGUUAAGGAGAGUUUUCUUCGAAAGUCUGGCCACAACAUCGACAUUUUGGCUGUGUCUUGCGAUUCCUUUGACGAAGAUACAAACAUGAAGAUUGGUCGGGGCUCCGGUAACAACGUACAAAAGCUCUACCGCAUCCGCGACUGGUGCAAGAAGUACGGCAUCAAGUUCAAAAUCAACACUGUCGUGUGCAAGCUCAACACCCAGGAGGACAUGAACCAUCACAUUGCCGCCCUUCAGCCUUUCCGUUGGAAAUGCUUCCAGGUACUCAUGGUCAAGGGCGAAAACGAAUCGGAUAAGCGUCUUCGGGAUGUACGGAAGUUCCUCAUCACUGAUGAUGAAUACGCGUGCUUCUUCCUUGUUGCAGAGUCUAAUCAGCUCAUGGCCAAGUCGUACCUCAUUCUGGAUGAGUACAUGCGCUUCUUGGACCGUGAUGGCCGCGCUCCGUCUGCCUCGAUUCUGCAAGUCGGCGUCCAAAAGGCACUUGAAAGCUUAUAUUGGGAUGAAAAAGGUUUCAACGAUCGAGGAGGGGUUUACGAAUGGAGCCGUGAGUCGGAAAUUGGUCCUCGCGAUACCAAAGGCCUCGAUUGGUGA